AUGUAUCAAAUACUAAAGAGUGUCUCACAUUUUUAGAACGAGUGCAUACUUACCUAUUCGAAAGAGAAGCUAAUAAUUUACACGAAAGAAAUAUUGCAACAUAUGCAAGUACUAACAUAUCAUGAGAUUGUGCUUAGACUUUUAGGAAUUAUAUGAGCGACAUCGUGGCUGUGGCAACAUCCAGCAAAGGAGUGUUUGUAGUAUUCUGUCAGAGAGAAUUGAUAGCGUAUAAGCCUCUACUCAAUGGUUGGGAAUAGAGUUACAGUAAGAAUUGCACGAAUCCGAUAAGAGAUGCAUUUUUCUCCUUUGAUGGUAUGUAUAUCGUUCUAUAAAACAGAUGAACAUAUUAUUGGAUGUUCAUAAAAUAAACUACAUAUUUGGAAAGCAACUCAUAAGUAAAACAAAUUACUUGGACAAUUAGAUUAAUAUGAAUUAAUCGAUCUGACAGAGAUCUACACAUUGGAAUUGGAAUACUAAAUAGCAAAUGUGAAAUUCUCUCCAGAUGUUCGUUAUUUUACUACUCUUCAUGAAAACACUGUAAUUGUGUGGGAUUUCAAUUCAAUCAAAGAGGUUCAGGAAGGAGUGCUAUCACAAUAAUAAAGAGUGAAAUUGGAACACUAGGAUGAAGUAAUUUCAUACAAAUUUAGAGGAACACUCAGAAUAGCUCCCUCACCCUUCCCUACUCCUAAUACUAUUGUCACACUCACCAAAACCAAUCAAUUAACAAUAUGGCAAGAAAUGAUCUAAUGCAAGAAUUUCUGUAAAUUACACACUUUGCAUUUUGAUCAAAUCUCCUCCUUUUGCUUCAUUUACCUUAAGGGAUUAGUACCAUACCCUUGGAAAAACAUUUAUUUGGAGUCAGAUUAAUUUGGAGUCCAAGAUACAGAACAGUCGAGUGUUGACUAUCUACUGUUACAUUAGGAAUGCGAAUUAAGUGUGGUCAAAUUAGAUUUUCUAAGAAAUUACUCACUUGAAGAAUCAGUUAAAAUUAUCAAGAGGACUAAAAGUGACAUCUUCAAAUAAAUCAAGAAGAUUCUUCUGGUAGAUUAAAUUGAAGGAUAAAAGAUUGAAAUUAUUGGAUUUGAUAGAUUAUGGAAUUUAAUAAAGAUUUGCGUUAACUUGAAAGAUGAUACGAAGCAAGUGUUUUAAUGUGAAAAGUUUCUGUUUUAAAAUAUUAUACACUUCUCAAUCUGCAAGAAUCAAGUGGCCAUUAUAAAUGAUUGGAAUUACUUAUGUUUGCAAUAAUUAAAAUUGAAUAGUGUAAUUAGUUAGGAAUAUCAUAUUUCAGAUGGAUCAUCCAAGAUAUGGAAAAUCAAUGCCAAUCUAUCUAAAUGUAAAAUCGAUUGUAUAUAAUAGAUUAGCAAAUGUAUAUCACUAGGGACAAGGUAAAGGAGAACGAUGUUAUUCUACUCAUUUCACAAAAUGCUCAAAAUUGUUUGGCCUUCACUUUUUAGCAGAAUUAACUAUUAGAAGUACAUCUCAAUCUCUACAAUCAUCUAUCAAAUGAUUACAGAGAUAAAAUCACUGAUCUGAGAAAAAUUAAUUAUGAAAUAGAUGAAUUGCAAUUAUUAGUGAUAGCAGCCUAAAAAGUGGCCUUAAUUUAAAUACAAUUUGAGAUCUAUGGUCAUGGAUAAAUAGAUUUUUAAGUUAUCGAAUUGAAAACAUGGCAACUAGAUUUCACUUACGAAAGAUUAUAGAUAAUACAAUCAACUGAACUUUCUUUUAUUUCCAUUACAGGAAAAUAAUUAAAGGGUUUUAACGAAUAAAUGCAGUAAAUAGUUUAGAUCUCUAAAAAUUACAAUAUCAAAGAGGUUGGAUAAUUAAGAGGAAUCCAACCAAUUUAUUUUGUGAUGAGUCAUUAAAAUGAAAUUGACUUUCAUUCCUCAUCAGGAGAAUUCUUGGUUAGAUUCAAUCUCCAAUCCUUUCUUGUCAGAGUUGACAAGGCUCUUUACGAUGUUUCCAAGGUUAUUGUGUAAGUUGUACCUUUAACCAACUUUGCAUUCAUUUUACAAACUGACAACUAUUUGACUGCCUUCGCUAUUCAUUUUGAUAAAAGUGAUUAAAGUUAUAAAUUGUCAUCGAUUAAAUAGUAAUCAAUUAAACUAUUAUUAUAGAAAAUAUUUAAACAAUAGAGAAGGAAUCUAUUGCAAACGAUUAUCGAAAUAGUCUAUGCCUUAAAAUUACAGAUUUUAUACAAUAAAGGACUGUCUGAUUGUAAAAACAGGAAGAAAAGUAAAAGUAUUAGGCAAUUCAUUAAUACGUUGUUUAGCUGAUAAGUUUUGGAUGCCUAGCACUUUAAGCUACAAAUUAAUAAAUCAAUAAAGUAAUUUAUAAUAUUUAUAAUUAAGAUAAUGUUUAAUUAUAAGAUUAUGAUUUUCUGAGUGAAUUAAUACAACUGGGUAAAUUAUAAUUAGUACAAUUUAUUUUGAAACUAAUAUGCUUGAAGUUUAAACAUCAUGGUGCUUUGGGAAAUCAUUUCAUGGUUCCAUACAAAAAUUUAUUAGAAUUAUAUCAAAUGAAUUCUGAACCAGAACCUUUAUGGGUUGACGCAAUUCGAACUUAUGAAAUGAAGAAAUUAUAAGACAAAGAUUCUUAUGAUUACACUUUACAUCCAGUUGAUGUCCUUAAAAAGAUUUGUUAAGAAUAUCCAUUAAAAAUUAACAUAAUCUUGGAUUACUUAAGAUACUAUGAAGACAACUCACGUUCAUUAGAUUUUUAUGCUGCAAUGUUUAUGUUCCAUGUCCACAUCUUUAGAAAUCAACCAACUCAUAAAAGAAAUAGAGUAUUAAGUUCUAAAGAAGUAGUUUGGGCAUUACAUUCAUUGUAAAAAGAAACACUUUGGUAAGAAUGCAUAGCCAGUUCUGAUGACUUAUCUUGGAAUUUACUUAAAAGAUAUGCAACAGUAUUAUGGAUGGAUUUAUCAUUUAUUAAAUAGAGAUUAGAAGAAAUUGCAUUGUAGAUUUAUAAAUAAUCUAAAGACCCAUUUUAAUCAUUAUUGUACUUCAUAGUUUUGGGUAAAAAGAGUGUAAUAACAACUCUUUUCAAAAAGGAAGUUAACUCUGGUAAGGAAUAAAAAUCAACCUAUGAAUUUUUGCAACAAGAUUUCACUUAGCCUAGAUGGAAAUCAGCAGCUUCAAAGAAUGCAUAUGCCUUAGUAUCUAAAAAAAGAUACUAGGAUGCAGCUGCCUUUUUCUUAAUAGGAGGACAUUUGAAUGAUGCAGUGAAUGUUAUGGCUAGGUAUAUGGAGGAUAUCUAAUUGGCUUACUUAACAACGAAGAUCUAUGAACCUCAAGGUGGACCAGUCGGUGAAUAAUUGAUCUAAGACUAUUUCAUCAAAAGUGGAGAAGAAAUGAAUGAUAUUUGGUUAUUGCAUAUUGGUUUCUAUCUUUUGGGAAGAUACGUUGAUAGUGUUAAUGUUUUAUUAAGAGAGCCUGAACAUCAUAUUUUAGAAUAUGAUAAUUAUGGAAAGGCUGUAUGUAUUAGUUGGCCUGCUACAUUUACACCUUAGUUAUCAUAUUAUCAUCCAUCAGCUAUUCUAUUGGUUGAAAAACUCAAGGAAAAUAUAAAUGUGAAAAGGGAAAUUCAAUAAAGCAUUGAUGCUAAUAAAAAGAAGAGUAAGAAGGCAGAAGAUGAUAUCUUUUCUCAAUUUUAUGAAAGUGAGGAAUCAGAAGAGGAAGAAGUUGUAGAAUAAGUUCCAAUUAAGAAGAUUAAUGAUAAUUAAGAAUUUAUUAAGCAAUAAGCAGUAGAAUAUUAUUACAAUAUCUAAAUGCCAUAAUUAGGGAUGAUAUUUGCCUAAGAUAUAAAUAAAGAAACAGAACAAUCAGAGUAGUUAAUCGAAUUAUAGAUUGAAAUGUACAUAGUUUAAGCAAUUGAGGAUUAAGAACAUUUCACAAAUUACGUGUAAUUAAUGUAGAAACUCGAUGAUUUAGCAAAUUUUACAUAUCACAACAAAACAAAACUUUAUGACAUUGCCUUGAAGAAAUUAAGAUAAUUAAAAUCACCUUCUCGCUUUCUUACAUUUGCAAUUCAUUACGAUUAGACAGGUUUGGAUGAAUUCAUCUCCUUCUGUUAAGAAACCCAAAGUUUAUUAUAUAGAAUAUGUUUCGAUUAUCCUUUGUCUGAAAAGAGUUAAGAAUAUUAUUUGACAUUUGUUCAGAGUCUCUAUGAAAUUGAUGUUGGAUUAAAACUAUUUUAAUAAUCCUAAUAUUAUCAAAAGAAAUUUGAUAACAAAUUGAAAUUGAACAUCAUCAAGUUAUUGGCAUUGUUCAUGACUUUGAUUUUGGCAUUGGAAUUACGCUUAUGGGAUAACGCAUUUGAAUAAUUGAGAAAAUUGGAGACUUUUUGUAAUACUGUAUAUAAAUAACAUGUGCAAGAUUGUGGAUAUGAAAAUUUGAGAGAUGAUUUUUGUGAGUUAGUAAAAUCAGCAAUUAAAAAUAAAAGACUAUAUUCUAACAAGGGAUUCAAAGCAUAUAGAAAUGUAGACAUUUUAUAAGAAGCCUAUCCUGAAGAUUUAUACAACGUUAGUGAAUAGGACUACUUGUAAAAGCAUAAACCAGCAGAAUAAGAAUAAUAAAAUUCAUAACGAUCUGAAAGUCUUGAAGAUUCAUAAUAAUUAGAAAUUAGUUAAGAAAAGACAACAGGGGAAGAGAAUAUUUAGAAUUAGUUUAUAUAUUUCACAUUUUAAUCCUUGAUUGUAAAAUACUUCUUGUCUAUAUCUAAGAGUUACUUUAAAAUAGAAAUGUUCAAUAUAGCAAUAACUAGUUAUAGUAAUAUCUUUACAAUGGCUGAAUAAUAUGUGACAACCAGAAAUGAUAUGGUAAUCACUUUAUUAAAGAAUCUCUCUGAUUUUUCAUAAGAAUAGAAUUUUAUUGAAGACCUUAGAAUGGUUCUGAAAGAGUCUUCAUUUGCCAAAAGCCAAUACUUUAAGUAACUUGAAAAGAUCUUCAAUCAAAAUCAAUUCUUUUAAAUUUGUUAAAAAGUUGGAUUGGAUCAAUAUUUGGAGGAAAUCUCAAUCAAUAGAACUAAAUAAGCAUUUAAAUAUCCCAUAAGUAAUUUUGAUGAGCAAUCAAUAAUCUCAUUUAAAAAUAAAAUCUUUAAGUAAGGAGUUGAAGUAUUUAAGAUAAAGACUGACUAAAUAAAAAGUAUGUGUAUUAACAAUGCUAAUCCAAUUGAAGGAUUUGUAUUAUAUGGAAAAUUCUUAAAGCAUAUGAAAUUUUAUAACACUCUCUAACACAAAAAUAGAUCACUAGAUGGCUAUAAUUUAGUAGAAGAAGAAACAAUCGAUGAAGCUAUAAGGACAGAAGCAUCUUAAGCCAAUAAACCAUACAUAAUAAAACUCUGUUCCUCAGCUUUAGGAAUCUAGGUUGGAUUGGAUAAGGAAAAAGAACCAUUUUUAAAAUCAAGGGCACAUCCAUAUGAAGAGUAUAAGGAUUUUACUGAAAAGGAUUUCAUGGAAAAGUUUUAGAAUUGUUCCAGCAAAUAAAUUCCAGAAGAAGAUUUACAGUGUUUGGCUUCUCAUCCCCAUUUACCAUUGUUUUUACAAGGAGGAAAAGGAAUGGUUAAUGUAAUGACAUUUAAAUAAUCAUCCCAAGUAGUGGCUGAAUUCAAUACAUAAUAGAGAGAUUAAAUUGAUUCUCUUAAGUUUAAUAAUUCUGGUGAAUUGUUUAUUGGACAUGAUGUUAAUAAUAGUGCCUACAUUUGGAAACUCAAUCGAGUAAACAAACUGAAUACACCACUCUUUUUACUUAAUAGUAAAAGUAGACCUACUACUGAUUUAACAUUCAUUAAUGAGGGAACUGUUUUCGCUUCAAUUUAUAGUUCUACCAGUAAGCCUCACUUCGGUUUGUACGAUAUGUUACUGCCAGCUAAUCGUAAUAUUGUAGCAUAAGAGAAUUUUAAUGGCACAGACAUCUUAUUUUCUACUCCCAUGAAUUCAAUUUUGAUAGGAAAUCAGAAAAAAGGAACUGUCAAUUUCUUGGACAUCAGAAAAAAUUAAAUCUAUAAAACACUAGAAGUAAUAUGAUAUAUUUAUUAUUCAGCUACCUUUCACAGAAAUCAAAUUUAUGAAACUGAAUUAGUAUCAGACUUCAUUAAUUUGUGCCUGUAAUGAUGGACAAAUAAAAAUAAUAAAUUUAGAAACAUUAUCAACAAUUGUAGAUUAUAAACCAUUUAGAUAAGGUAAAAUGAGACCCAUAUUAUUUUAGAUAAAAAGCAGUAGAUCAUGGCUUUGACGUAAACAGAGAAUGCUACGUAUGCAGCAUCGUCCGAUGGAGUUAUAUCAUUAGUAUAUUUGAAUGCAUGAAUUUAUU